AUGGACGUGACCACCUACAUAACACCGCCUGGGUUCCAUUUGCUGGAUGCGGCCGGUACGCUGCUUGAUGGAUUGGCAGAGUCUUUCUCUAGUCUUGCCGAUGCACAAAAUAUUUCUGGCAGUCGGAGAGCGGCUGCUCUCCUGUUCUCUGUUGCAGAGCGUGCUUUGAUGACCGCGAAGUGCACCGACGACUUUCUGGAUGCAGAACAUGCUGCGGCUGAAUCCUAUCUGUUAUUCAACGUGUCUGGAGACUUUUUGUCUGCAGCUUUUAGUGCAAGACUUUUUGUACAUGCACUGCGAGCGCAAGCCUUUGCGCUGCCCUGUGGUCGUGUCGGUCUUGAGGGAGGCUGCCGCGAGCAUUUUUUAGACGUCGCCACAGAGUUUGUGGACGAAGAAAUUGCACGUGCUGAGCUUCAUGGCAACGACAUUCCCAAAAUGGUGCUUUCGUUGUCUCGGGCAGAGAUCAUGUGUGAUAAGAAGCAAUCUCUUGCGGGUGCUCUACAGGCUGGUGAGGACGCGAAACGACUCUUCCGGCGAAGAGGCGAGGACACAGGGCUGGCUUUGACCAAUGUCUUCCUCGCCUGUGUACAUUUGAAGCGACACGAGAUCCACUUGGGGAAGUCGCUUGGUCUUGAAGCACUGCGGACGUUUCGUGCACUGAGAAGCCAGCACGGUGAGUGCAAUGCUCUCUUCCUUUUGGCUGCUGCAGCGCAGCUUCAGCGAAAGCACUUCGAAGUUAUUUCACUCGUCAAAGAGGCCUUGCCCUUGGCUCAGGAGGUAGGGGAUUCGAGGCUUCUUUCUGCAUUGCUGUACCUGCUGGCUUUGAGUUCUCACGAGAAAGGAGGCAGACCACGUGAUGCUGCAGCUGCUGCAGCAGAGGCUUGCUCCCUGUUUCUGGAACAUGGAUGCUGGCACGGAUGGGCCGAAUAUAGCUUGGCAGUUCAAGUCAAAGCCCUUUUGUCGGAAAGCUCCCGCCAGACGGCGCUGGAAGCCGUGCGCGAGCAUGCUAAGAACUGCAGAAGAGUGGGAGCCCUGCGACCUUGUCUCAUCGUGCGCGACAUCAUGCUGGAAACUCUUCGUGAGAUGAUGUCGGAACCAGAUCGUGCGAAGGCUCAGAUAAUCGCCGACAAGACGCUCACCUCGCUUCGGACUCUGUGUGCGGCAGAAUGGCUGGGCAGAGAACUUCAGCUCGUUUCCAGCCUGCACUUGGCUCGGAAAACCAGGAAGCAAGUGGAAUCCGCCCGCGACUGGGCGGAGCAGGCGAGACGGCAGCUGCAAAUUUUGGGUGAUAAGUAUCUUGAAGCAGAGUGCCUACCUUCCUUGGCAACGUGCUUCAUCCAUUUGGGGGAUGACAGCAAGGCUGCUGAAAUCCUCAAGGACCGGCGCCGACUGUUUCGCGAUGUGGGUGCCAGAAGCCGUGAGGCACAGGCCAUGCUGGAGCUCGCUGAGGUUCUGACGCGCGAGCAGCUUGUUCGUGUCGAUAGCCGCGCUCGCCGAUUCAACCGCGAUGCGUUCCAACUGGCAAACGAUGCGAUGACCGCGUUCAAUGACGUUGGGGAUGAGAUGGGAAUGGCGAGUGCUCAUUUGGCGUUGUCGGACAUCUACCUCUCACGACAAGAGCCGGAGGAGGCGGAAGCAGAAGCUUGCAGAGCUGAGAAGAUGUUCCGGCAAGCUGGUGAGCCGAAGCAGGUCGCCAAGGCGGUGAAGAAGGUGGGAAACUCAUGUUGCGAGCAGGACAAGCCCGAGGAGGCUGCAAGAAACGCGAGCGAAGCAGUUGUCUUUUGCAAGAAGGCUGGCGACAGGUAUGCGCUGACCGAGAUGCUCGGCUGGGAAGCUCAGAUGCAGGCGCAAGUCGUUGGUAAGCUGGUCGAAGGAUUGCAGGAGAAGGAGGCUCAGAAGAUUGUCUUCCGGAGCUUGAGCAAGGUCAUGACUCCUGCGAAAGAUGGUGUUCUCUUGGCUCGCAGACUACAGGACAAGGCAGUCAUUGCGAAGAGCCUCUUCGUGGUCGCCGAGGUCGAAGCGAGCGUGGGCAAGUGGGACCAGGCGCUGGCUGCCACAGCCGAGGCUGCUUCGCUCAGCGAGCGGAUCGGGGACAAGACCACAGGGGCGAAAGCUCUGUCCCUCAGCUCGGAGCUGCACUUCAGGAAGAAAGAGCCGGCGCUUGCCCGAGAUGAGGCCGAAAAAGCCUACAAGCUGGCCAAAGACUCCGUCAGCUCGGAUGCAAAGAGGAUGUGGUCCAUCUUUACUUCAAGAGUGGAUGCCAGCAGAUCCAAGGCCGGCAACCCUGCGACAGGCCCAGGCCAGGCUGGGCCCAAGAAGGCAACGGCGCAGGAGCCUUGGAAGCCUCUGGUCUUCAAGAUGCCGCAGAAGAAGCCGCCGCGAAAGCUGGAGCCUGGCGACGACGGCUUCACGUUGAAGAUGCGGGAUCGUCUGAAGGCGAUUAAUGCUAAAGAGGGCGACGAGCCCGACAACCUCAUCACUGUCUCGACCGAAAAUGCGAAGAAUCUCGCCUUGUCUGCGAUGUGGUAUAUUGAUCAGGAGACAGACCGCAAGAAGUUCGAAAAAGAAAGCCCUGAUGCAGAGGUCCUGAAGCGCCGCUACGACGGGGCCUUGGAGAAGCUGGAGCUGCCACAAGAAGCCCCAGCUCCGAAGAAGGAGACGCCAAGUGCUGGUGGAAACCUGGAGAUCGGAAGAAGCAUCGAUGAGCUUCUGGCAAAUGCCCCGGCCGCUCCACGUGCGGCCCACGGCACCAGCCAAGCGCGAGAAGCUGCCGAAGAGGCAGAGGCAGAGGAUGAGGGAGAGGAUGAAGGAGUGGCAGACUACCUCGCAGACCUCCAGAAACGUAGCCUGCAGAGAAGCAAGGAGAACAAGAAGUGGUUGAAGAAGACGAUCGUGAGGAGGAGUCCAGAAGAUAGAAAGAAGGACUACGAGGACACGAAGGUGCGGAUGUUUGGAAUCACUGCAGCGUUAAGUGGCAUCGGCUUUGUGUACACCUACGCCGCGUACGGUGUGAGCAUUGCCUUUAGCUUCGGCCUCGGGGCCAUUGGCGGGCUCCUCUAUCUCUCAGGGCUGGCGUCCUACACGGACAAUGCCGAGAACCCAAUGGGCUCUGCUUUGGGUGCGAGGCGGCUGCUCACCCCGGUCAUUGUCCUCCUCAUCGUGCAGGGGUGGCCACGGAUAGAAGCGCAGGUCCCGGAAAUCGCCGAGCUGCACCUGCAGCCGGCACUUCUGCCUGCCAUUCUGGGCUUCUUCGUGUACACGGUCGGCAAGGUGUUGGCUGGUGUCUUUCAGUGA